GUGAUGUGUUUGCCUUUGACACCUUCUUCAAUGACCUCUUCACACAUUCCAUCCCUCCCUCCGAUGAGAAGGAUGGAGUCCGAUUGUCCAUCAUCAUCUGGGCUGUGGAGGGUAAAUCGCUGGCUGUACCCACCAUGACAAGACAAGGGAGAGGUUUCCCAAAGCCAGAGGAGGUGAAGUGGACAGACUGGGAUCUCACUGAGGGUCUUUGGUCUGACUCCCGCGCCCUGUCCGGACUCUGA